UUUUUGAAAAAAAAAAGCAAUAUGUUGUGGAGUUUAGUAUCAAUAGUUUUAAGUUUACUUGCACUUAAACUUUUUAUGAGUGUUUUAAAUAAAAUCAAAAUCAGCAAUUAUAAGGGCCGGUAUGUACUCGUCACAGGUUGCGAUUCAGGGUUUGGCUAUUUGUUAACCAAAAAACUCGACUUGUUAGGUUUCAAUGUGUUUGCUGGAUGUCUAACGAAGGCCGGAGUUGAGAAUCUAAGAAGCGAGUGUUCAGAAAAAGUAACCGCUGUUCAACUAGAUGUAUCGAACGAUGACAAUAUAAAUGCAGUAGCAGGCCUCGUCAAAAAGAAGCUUAAGUCAGACCAAGGUUUGUGGGCAGUCGUAAAUAACGCUGGAAUUAUUGGCAGUAUUGGCCCAACAUCAUGGCAAACACGAGAAGACUAUGAAAAAACAAUGUCAGUAAAUCUUUACGGUGUCAUCAUGGUAACCAAGACUUUUAUGCCGCUGGUUCAAAAAGGAAAAGGCAGAAUCAUUAACACAUCCAGCGUCAUGGGAAGAAUUGCCUUUGUCAGCGCAUCCUACUGUAUUUCUAAAUAUGGCGUGGAGGCUUUCUCAGAUGUCCUUAGACAAGAGAUGUAUGGAUCGGAUGUAAGCGUACACAUUAUAGAACCCGGAUUUUAUAGAACAGCUCUAUUGGACAGAGAAUUUAUUUUUUUUUUUUAA